AUGUCUGAAAAUAAUCUGUUGAUUGUUCACGCCUUGAGGAAGACUAAUAGCAGCAGCGAUAAUGCUACUGUAGAAUAUACACAAGAGGAAAUUUUAGAACAAGUGAUCGGGAUUGAUAAUUUUGUGAAGGAGAAUAAUAUUAAAUUAAAAUUACAAACUAAAUAUUAUAGUGCUGAUAUUAAUAUACAUUUUUGGAAUGUUGAAAAGGAGAGUGUUUGUCCUUUUGAUUGGAAAAGUUCUUCCGUGCAAGUGAUUGUUGGUAUUCCUGAUUAUCAAUCGGAUAUGGUUUUGGAAGCAAUUUUAAAAUAUAGUAAUGAGAUUGAAUCUGGUUUUAUUUAUCAUUUAGAACAACCAAAUGAAAAACUGGCAAAAGAAUCACAAUCUUGGUGUGUUGAUAACAAUUUUGAAAUGGUUGUGAAAAAUUUUACUGAAGAAAAAACUGAUAAUGGAAUUAUUGAGGAGAAACAAGGUAUUAAACGAUUGAUGGAAGCUAUUGAAUGUACAAUGUGGCCAGCAAUGAAUAGAAUUGAUCCAAAGGCAGUAAAGGCUCAACAAGAAUCUUCCAAGAAAGAAGAGAAGCCAAUCGAACAAAUCAAAGAUGCUAAAGAAUUAUUAGGCAGUGAAGCUGAAAUUGUGGAAGAGGAUGAAAAAGAAAUUGAAUCAUUCGAACGUCUAAUGCAUGAAAUUCUCAAUAUUAGAAAGGAUAGUAAAACUAUUGGAGAUGAUGAAAGAAAGAAGAGAGCUGAAUUGGCCACCCUCAAACUCUUGUCAAUGAUGGGAGAUGAAGAUGAGUAUUUAUCUGAUGAGGAUUAUUAA